AAAUCAUCAUGCAUGCAGCUUAAGUCCUUUAACCUCUGCGUGUAUAAAUAGAGAUUAUCCUCAACUACAGCACACCACAGCACACUUCCUAUCAAACUUACUACAUAACAAGUUUCAUCAACUUCCAAAGCUAAGAAAAUGGCUCAAGCAAUCGCCAAGAACCAAAUUGUUGCCAAGUAUGGACCUUAUGGUUCACAAUUGCCAGAAAACUACUGCAUGGUACUCCAAGAAUGUGAGCAGAUCAAAGAAGUUAUCAUAAGGCAUGGAUACAUUGUUGACGCCCUUGGGUUCGUCAUAUCUAAGCCAUGUGGGCGUACUGAAACCAAAAUGUUUGGUGGCAAAAGCGGAAACGAGUCCAGGAUCGUGCUCAAGUGUGGUGAAUUCAUCACACAAAUUUCUGGAACAUACGGAAACUACAAGUAUCAGAAAAAUGAAUGCCUUAUUGGUACACUCAAGAUACACACCAACUUAUGCCCAUCAGGAUAUGGACCAUAUGGACAAGGAAACGGUAUUGAGUGUCCACGCAGUUUCUCUUCUCCACUCCCAACUAAGGGCCCUAUUGUUGGAUUUUUUGGAAGGCACAACAACUACCUCGAGUCCACUGGAAUAUUCGUGAAAGAGGAUUGCCCAUGCGCUUAAUUAUGUUGUUGAAGUCUUUGGUUACGAGUAUUGAUGAAUAAAUAAGGUGCUUCAACGAUGACCAUGUCCGUUUCAAGAAGCUGCUAUCUUAUGUAUACUAUAAGUGAUCUCUUUCAAGUGUGGUUUGUAAUCAUUAAACUAAGAGAGUGCUAUAUGGUUGUCUUUAUUUGUCAUGUAUAUCUACUACAUGAUAUAUAAGCUUGUUUUUAGAAAAUAUAUCUUGGCCUCUUAUAUCCUUUUCGUUUCUUUUUACGCUUCAAUAAAUUAUAUCAAGCCAAGGGAGCGAGCAAAGCUAGCUCUAGUUUCUUUUGGCAACAAGGAAUGGAUUAUUAGUUUCAAUAGA